CCGACGACACGAGUCAGGUCGGCCAGUGGUGCGCGGGCCUUCGUGGCGCGAGUACGUGCACGCUGCCCCCGAGACACACCGUUCCUCCGUGAGUGCGCGAGAUCGGACGAUCGCACCCCUUUUCUUCCUUUAAACCGCUCUAAGGACUAUUCUUUUUUCUAAUUUUCUCGUGUCAAGUGACUGAUUCUCUGACGAUUUUUCUCUACCACGAAGACUUCGGCAAUUGGAAGAUAGAUAGAUUCGAUAGAUCCUCGAUAAAGGCACGAAGCAAUCCUCCGCCCAUGGGAGGCCAUCAGUCCACCGCACCCCCUUGGUAAGCCGGUGGAUUCCCGACCAAUCGAGAUCGUGAACUAUCACCGGCGACCGAAGGAUAGAGGCUGACAUCACGAAACGUUCAAGGGAGCGGACUGUCGUUAGAGGCCGCCGUAACAAACAGAGGAGGCGAAGGUGGCUCGCGUGCCAAGAAGAUGCGGGUGUUCGCGUGGCCUGGCAGCUUGACUCGCGGUAUACUCGUAAACGAUGAAUUGGCGGGCAGCGAUGUUGGCUCACGCGUACCCGAGAGUAUCGGUAGCAGCAGGGGCAGCAGCAGCGAAGGCGGCAACAGCGAGCAACAGCAGCAUCAGCUUCAGCAGCACAGACAUCAUCGAGCGGUACGUGUCGGCGAGAAAGAGGGCGAGGGGAACACCAUCGACAUCAUCGGCUGGGCAUGUACGUCAUCUACCCAGCGGACGAGCUCCUGCGUAUCUAUGAGAAUCCAGCCGUCGCGCGCGAUUCCAGCCCGGUGUUGACUGUAGAACGCCGGCCGAGCUGCGAGAUCCACGUGAUCGCCGUCAGCGAGAAGAGAACCGAGGAGGUACGGCUCGACGAGGAGCACCGCGAGAAGAAGAAGAAGGAGAGAAGGAGCAACAGUGUGCGCGGCUCGUGGUCGCGUAAAAAGUCUGUGAAGCGUAGCGAGACGCGAGGCCGCGGCAAGACCAAGGACACUCGUCCCAGGAACGACACCAGGACUAUGCAAAACAGCCGUGGCGCCGGCGAGGACGCCGCCAAUCCUUUCAAGGACCUCACCCAGCCCGGGCUCAACGAGCCCCUCAAGCAGCACAAUGCGGCAGCUCUCAAGCUCGUGCAGACCGUGUCGGAGUUCGCUCAGGAGCUGGGCGUUGCGAUGGAGAACCAUUCCGCGAACGUUCGGCGUCUGGUCGACGAGUUUCGCGGUAGAUCCGGGGAUAUGAGGAUCGACACAGGUGGCAUGCGACGGGUUUGGGAGAAUUUACUCCGCCAGGUAGAGGCUGACGCGGUAGCCCACCUGGACGUAGCAGCAUUUUUCCAACAACAAUUGUCUAGGCCCACUUUGGAAGCCAGUUUUCAUCGGAAGCUUCAAUCGAGGAAGGUAUUCGCCCAUCGCGAGGCUUUCGAGCAAGUGGUAGCCAAGUCCGAGGAGAAGCUGCAGCGUGCCCGAGCCGACUACAAGCGCGCGUACGCCGCGCUGCUGAUGAUCGACGGUGGCACCGAGCAAGAGCUGAAACGCGCCUACUUCGAGGCGCACAACGCCUACGUUCUGCAACUAAGGGCCACUAACGCUAUCACGGAACGGUAUCAGACGCGAUGCCUGACGAGCAUUCUGGGGGAGAUAGCGGAGGUCUACGAGGAGCUGUGCGGUUUGGCGUGCAAAUGCGUCGCCGGGAUCUCCGAGGCCGCGGCGGAUAGGGCCAGAGAGCAGGCCAAGUGCUAUCAGGGUGUCGCCAAGGAGGCUCAGGUCGUCGUGCCGUUGAACGACCUGCAAAUUCUGGCAAGGAGUUUGGCAGCCAACGCAGCACCGUCUAAGAAACCAGCCAGACGUUUGUUCGUGGCUCCAGGUCCUCCAGAACAAGUGCCAAUAGAGAGAAUCAAUCAGGUGCCAUCGUUGAGGGAUGAACUGGCUCCAACCGGAACCAGCACCCUGCCGCUGAUGGACGAUCUUCAACGAGAAUACGAUGGUCUCAAUCAAGAGAUUUCACGAAUCCAGGACGCUUUAAAUGCACUGGUGGGCAUGCAAAAAAAGAGUGCCGAAAGCAAUCUUUACACUAAAGUGGCCGAGCUACAGGAAGACAUUUCCAUGAAACGUUUCGAGCUUGGCGAGGCGCAGCUCUAUCUCGCGGCUGUACAAGCACAGAAAGAGCUGUUCAGUGGAGGAGAAGCCGGUCAACCGGAUGGGGUGACCAGCCGGAAGAUGUCGAAUGGCUCGACCGGAAGCACCAAGCACAAAUGGCUGAAAGCGUUCAAGAGUCUGAAGACGAGUUCGCCGACGACACCACCAUCCGCGGACAAAGGGAAACAGGCGAUGUACCAUGCCGUUUCGACGGUCGUCGCCAUGUCCAGAAAAAGCCUGGAGUCCGAGGGUGGUCACACAUGGCGCGAGUACACCUAUCGAAAGAUCACGCCCUGCGACGCGUGCGGUCAGGUGUUGCGCGGUCACAGCCGGCAGGGUGUCAGGUGUCGCGGCUGCAAGGCGAACGCGCACACCGAUUGCAUCCACCUGGUACAGCCAGCGAUGUGUCCCAGCCUGGCGCCGAAAAAGAGCGGCGGUAUCCCCCUUUUGCGGCGACAGAAAACUCAAGCCCAGGUUGACGAGGCGCCGGCCUCCGAGCACAACGUGGACGCCAUAUACCAGGUGCUGAAGCAGGCAGGCGAGAUCCGUGGAAACUCGACAAACUCACCACCUACGCCUCCCACAGCAGAUCAUCCUCCCUCCGGUGCAGCACCUUCGUCAGCGAGGGCCUCCUCCCACCCCUGUUCCUCGUCCACCUCUGCGCCGCAUAGCCCGCAACGUAGACGAGAGAGGCUUAACCUCAGGAUGAAGAGCCUCAGCCUGGACUCGCCGGAAGGGACAGCGCACGUUCGACAUCGUCCUAGGGAUUACUCGACCGGUGGCCAGAGGGAGUCCACGCCGCCCAGGCAUUCUGACAGCGGAAGCAUCAACAGAUUGUCUCCAUGCAGCCCAGGUCAAGGACACGGUGUUCACAAGCACAUACGAGGUGCCAUCAGGAUGUCAAGCAUGGAAUUACCAGAUGAAAACGAGAAAUCCUAUUCCUCAGCCAGCACUUCGCCAUGCCCGUCGCCGCACGCUAACAACCAGAAUCAUAUGAAUCCACUGGGGAAACGCGUUCUGCCGCCCAACAACCUUUACGUAGCACUUUACAACUUCGACGCACGUCACCGGGAUGAGUUGGACUUAAAAGCUGGCUAUAAAAUAACAGUGAUCGGCAAAUCAGAAAGGGACUGGUGGAAAGGGAAGUGUUUGGGUGGAAGAGUGGGUUACUUCCCGAGUGCAUAUGUCAUGAGAGUGGAGUCUGGCCAGAAGACCCUCCAGGUUACGCGUAACUUACAGCUUACUGAUCAAAUCACACUGCUGCGUGAUCAGAUAGUUAUACAAGUCGGUGAAGAGGUAGAUGGUGUCGCUAUGGUGCGUUGCGCCGCGGACGUCCGUUCGGCGGACCACACAGGCAAGGAGGGUGAGGUACUCUACAAGGAAACCCUCUGCCCUCUGAAGUACCUGCAGGAGGUGUGACAACAGCCUCGGCAGGGUGGCCACCCUGCGGACGAGCGUCAGAGUCGCGCUUACCUUCGCGAGCGAUUCUCCGCUUCGUCGCGUCGAAAUGUGGCCGAGAAGUACUAUGACUGUCUGCAAUGUGCAGAACAGUGUUGUCACGU